CAAUUUAAGUGCCUUCCUCUUCUCUUCUGAGCUCUGACCCCCCUUCCUUCCUAACAUAUCCUUUUAGUUAUCAUCAUAAACACUAUUUCACGUGUAUUGUCUCUUUCACUUACCCUAUUUUUGGCUUCCAUUUUCCUUUAAUUUGCCUACUUCAUAAAGUUUAGUACCACUACUUAUUUUGUAUUUUUGCAAUUGUGAGUUAGUUUUGUUGGUUUUUGUUUUAUAGAUUUUUUACAUUUCUUUUUCAAAUACCUAACUUCUUCCUAUUACUAAUAACCCACAAAACUUUUCUAAACACAAAUUAAAAAAAAAUGGAUAAUAAGAAACCACAAAUAAGUUCAUCUUCAUCUCUGACUUCUCAGCUUUUUGGGCCUCAAGAAUCUUCAUCAUCCAAUGAUGUUUUAGCCUCCAUUUUCCCUCCUAAGGGUACAGGAAGAAAUUCAGGCUAUUCAGAAAACAGAGGAUCAUGGCAGGAGCCUUCUGGAAAUCAGCCAUGGAAUACUAAACAAGAUAACACGUACAAACACGGCGAUACAGCUUAUGGUUGCUCGGCUAAUAAAGAACGAAGCACGAUUUACCAGCAAGAGGGAGGAGAACCAUGUUACCUUAGCUCCUCACUUUACUAUGGUGGCCGUGACAUGUAUUCGAAACCACCUACUAAUCAAAAUCCAACUACAUACCCUACAUACAAGAAAGAUGGUGGAGAAGAUGAUCCAAGUGGUGCUUCAAGAGGAAAUUGGUGGCAAGGAUCGCUUUAUUACUAGAAUCUAUCUGCAGGCCAACUAGGACGUACUGUGUGAAUAUUAUGGUUUAAGGAAAUCUGCUUAUUACUAUCAAACACUCUAGCAUGCUCGGUUGUGGUUUAUUAGCAUAAUAUAAAUGAAGAAUAAGCAAAUUUGCAAAUCCAUGGAUAAAAGUUCCUCCAAGGGGAUCGAACUAUGGCUUUAAACGAGAAUUCAAAACGACGAAAUUUUCUUCAUGUAUACAUAUGUUUUCUUAAUCAAGGAUCCUGUCCAUGGCAUUAUAUUAGGGAAGUGAUGGUUGGGAAUGAUGCUCGUUUUAUGUCAUCUACUGAACUUCCCAAUUGUUGAGUUACUAUGAACCUGUUUUCCUUAAGGAAAAGGGUGCUUGUAUAUGUAAACUGUAGUAACCGUCAAGAGGCCUUAUUAUAUAUGAACUCGAUAUGUAGUUAGUACGAAGUAUUAUCUAACAUGUUUUAGUUCGACCUA